AUAUACAAUAUGAAGUUCUUAUCCACUCCUUUCCUACAUAUCAAGCUAGCCACUUUUGAGAUUACAUGCACCUUCUAUGUUUAUAAGUUUAUACACUCAUUAUUUGUUUCUUAUUUUUACCAGGUCUUCUUUGACAUAAAGAUUGGUGAUAAGCGUGCUGGUCGUAUUGUGAUUGGACUGUUUGGCAAGACUGUUCCUAAAACUGUCAAAAAUUUCAAAACUUUAGCUGAAGGAAGUAUGACCAAAGGUGAUAAACCAUUAACAUAUAAGGGAAGUUCUUUUCAUCGUGUCAUUCCUGCAUUUAUGAUCCAAGGUGGUGACUUCACGAGAGGUGAUGGAACUGGAGGUGUCAGUAUAUAUGGUGAGAAAUUCAAUGAUGAAAACUUCAAGCUAAAGCACUAUGGAGCUGGCUGGCUAUCGAUGGCAAAUGCUGGCAAAGAUACAAAUGGUUCACAGUUCUUCAUUACCACUAAAAAAACUGACUGGCUUGAUGGACGCCAUGUUGUUUUUGGUAAAGUCCUUGAAGGGAUGAAAGUGGUUCGUGAAAUUGAAAAUACUAAGACUGGUGAACAAGAUCGACCAGAAGUUCCAGUUAUCAUUGAAGAUUGUGGUUCACUUCCAGUAGAUGAACCAUUCGCUGUUUCAAAAACCUCAGCUGACAAAUAAAUUUUUUAUGCAAUAUUUCUAAA